AUGAGUGCAAACAGGGCUGAAAUUGAAAAAUUUCAGGGUUCUGAAGGCAAGAAGGAAGAUGAAGAAAAGAAAUACCUUGAUGUUAUCAGCAACAAAAACAUAAAGCUGUCAGAAAGAGUUCUGAUCCCUGUCAAACAGUAUCCAAAGUUCAAUUUUGUCGGGAAAUUGCUUGGACCAAGAGGAAACUCCUUGAAGAGGUUGCAAGAAGAGACAGGCGCAAAAAUGUCUAUCCUGGGGAAAGGCUCCAUGAGGGAUAAAGCUAAGGAGGAAGAACUAAGGAAAAGUGGAGAAGCCAAAUAUGCACACUUGAGUGAUGAGCUUCACGUGUUAAUUGAAGUGUUUGCUCCACCUGGGGAAGCAUAUUCUCGUAUGAGUCAUGCCUUGGAAGAAAUAAAAAAAUUCCUCGUUCCUGAUUAUAAUGAUGAAAUUCGUCAGGAGCAGCUGAGAGAACUGUCGUAUUUGAAUGGCUCUGAGGAUUCAGCGCGUGGACGGGGCAUUCGAGGAAGAGGAAUCCGCGUGCCACCUGCCGCUCCUUCAAGGGGACGUGGGGGUGCUAUUCCUCCGCCCCCACCUGGACGAGGUGCCCAAGCACCCAGAGGAGCUCCAGUGACGCGUGGAGCGCUCCCGGUCCCUCCAGUAGCGAGGGGCGUUCCCACCCCACGGGCACGGGGUGCUCCGGCUGUCCCUGGCUACAGACCACCCCCACCACCUGCACAUGAGGCUUACGAAGAAUAUGGAUAUGAUGAUGGAUAUGGGGGUGAAUAUGAUGAUCCAAGUUAUGAGGCAUAUGACAACAGUUAUGCCACUCAAACACAAAGCGUGCCUGAGUAUUAUGACUAUGGUCACGGAACAAGUGAAGACGCUUAUGACAGCUACGCACAAGAAGAAUGGGCCACAACCCGUUCCAGCCUAAAGGCACCACCUCCAAGGUCAGCCAGAGGGGGUUACAGGGAACACCCCUAUGGUAGAUAUUGAAGGUCUUCCUCAUCUGUGACCUCAUCACAAAGACAAUUAAUAGCCUGUGGUCUCCACAUAAACAGCAACAAGACAAGGACUCACAGGCUUUGGACAGCUAAGCAGCAGAUCUGCUAAGAAGUGUUCAGGCAUGAACAGCAAUUGCAAGACAGCUAACCUGAAGACGCUCAGCUGGGUUUUGCUACAUGAAGGUCUCGUUUCCCUUCCUUUGGCAAUUACACCAACGUCCUGGAAGAACUGUCUAAUGCUGACUAAUGUCUUCUAUUUUACAUCUACAAGUAUGGGACUCUACAGGUACAGAGCACUUCAUUAUGUGCAGGAGCAGAAAUGCUUAAAUGGAUGAAGCAGCUAUUUACGUCUGAUAGGAGCUAAGUGGGACAUUAAAUUAAUGCCAAACAAGUCGGUGUGACUUUAAUCAAGGAAAAAAAUCUAAUGAAUACCAAUUUGAAAUAUAGCAUUUGGAAAGGUCAAAAUGGUACGUUACAUCCUUAUUAUCCAAAAGAACAGAUGAGUGUAAUAUCCUGACAGCAUUUUCCUGUGAAGAAGAUAUUAAACAAGAACUGAAAAUGGCACAAGGUUCCUUCUUUCUUUCUUUCUUCUGACAAAGAUUGUAAUGAGAUGAUGAAACUGUACAAAAUAAAUCUCUUCCUGCUUUAAUGUUCAGACUGUGGAUCCUACCUAGAUUUCAAAAAUGUAAGCUAAUCAAAGAGCCCAUACACAUGCUAUUCUUUUCAAGUAUAUCCAUAUGAAGUAGAAGUCUUUUACAAUACAUUUUCCAACUUAUAUGACCCAGUUUACAUGAAUAUUUUCUAAUCUGAACAAUGGGAAGAAAUGGUAACAGAAGGCACACAGCGCAGUAAGUUUUGACAAAUACUAACUGUGGUAAACUAUAAUAAAUAAUGCACUGCAUGAUCACUGCUCAAAAUGUAGAUUUUUCUACUUCCAUUUGAAUAGACAUUAGAGCACAGAUAGUAUACUCCAAUGCAAGGCACAUCAUUACAUAUAUUCUACUAUGGAGAGCCUCUGAAGUAUGGAACUAUUUGAAGGUAAAAGAAUUUGUAGUAUAUGCAAUAGGAAACUGAUUAAUGCAUUGAACUACCUCAGUUUGCUUACUUAAAUCAUUAUCUCCAUGAUCACUCUUCCUUCGGUUCUGUAGCUCUGAGGAAAGAAAAAAAAAACUUUUGGAACUUGAGAUGUUAUAGUUUAGCACUAAACUACACCAUCAGGAUCCUCAUAUUAAAUCUGAUCAUGACAACCCAAGAAAUGCUGUGGUUAAAAAUAAAAAAAGGGUAUAUGAAAUACACAUUUAUUGGUUUUUUGUAUUCAU